CUCAUUUUGGCGGAAGUUGGUUUGUUUUUGUUGAUUUUGUAAUAUUGAUGAAGCAACAAUUCAUACCACUUCUCACUUUCAAAUGGCGACAGAACGUGACAAAGCUCUUAAUACCAGAAUCUCAGAACUAGGACUCAAUUCAUUACGGGAAUAUCCUGUGGCAGCGGGCCCGAUAGUGAUCCUUCAUCUCAUCAAACAGAAAUUUUAGGUCAGAGCUCAACUCCACAUUGUUUUGAUGAUAGAAAUUGUAUUAAAAGUCCAGAUGGGUUCUAUAUCAAAUCACCUGAUAGGAGUGUUAUUCGUUCAUUGUCUGGGUUGAACUUGAGGUCACUCAAUGAUACAGAUAUAACUGAUCCUGAAGAUGUUGACCCUAAUGCAAAGGAAACUGCUUCUAACAAUGAUGAUAAGACUAACAAUGGCAUUCACAGUGCAAUAAAUAAAAUAAAUGAUGCUACAAAUGAAGGAUUUGACAACCCAGCAUUGAGUAAUUAUGCCAUUAUUAAGACUGGAGAUGAAACCAUUAAAGCAAGUGCCAACAAAGAUGACUUUAUAGAUAAGCUCCAUGAUGGAGAAAGUAAUAAAGAUGAGACAUUUAGUUUGAACUCCAAAGAUGAACAAUCAAUGAACAUAAACACAUAUGUAAAAUGUGGUGAUGCCAAUAUUAAAAUAAGUAAUGAGAAGGCCAACAUUAACCCAACAGAUACUAGUCAUGAUGAACCAGCAAUGAAUACAACUUCAAAUGCUCACAUAAACCUUGAAGAUAAUGCUCAGAGCUGUGAUGACACUGUUUGUGAAAAUGCAGGAGCUAACAGUACAGACACUCAAUGUGUUAAAGAUAAAAGUAAGGAAGAAGAUCAUGAGAAUGAAAGUAUGCGUUUACGUCAUGACAUGAACCAUAAAAUAUUUGUAGGGAAUAUAAGCUACAGGGUUCAGCGAGAGGAACUUGCAGAAUUCUUCUCCAAGUUUGGUAAAGUUGUCCACAGUUAUGUAGUGAAAGAUCAUGUGAAACGCUGGUCACGUGGAAUAGGAUUUAUAACAUUUGCAAGUCAGGAUGGAGUUAAGAAAAGUCUGGGUGCUUCUGAUGAGGAGUUAACUCUUGAUGGUAGACUGAUGAGGGUUAAACCAUCUGAAGAAUCACAAAGAGUUAACAGACACAAAGUCACUAAGUCAGUUUUACAACAUAUAGAGGACACUACCAGUCAAUGUCAAGAUAAUGAGCAGAUGCAGGAAACAUCACCAGACAUGGCAGUGCAAUUUCCACAAGAUCCUACAAAUAUCACAUCUCUGACCGAUGAUGCACUAUUGACCAUUUUCUCAUACCUUGAUGUUAGACAUAAAAUAAAAAUAGAAAGAGUAUGCAAGAGGUGGAGACAACUUUCUAUACAAAGCUGGCAUAGUGCUGCCAUUAUUGACUUCUCGCAUACGUUCAACUGGAGAUUUGGAGGUGUGACAGAUACCUUGUUACAGUCUCUUCUAGCGAGAGGAUGUCAGAAUUGUAAAGUGCUACGACUUGGUAACAGGUCUAUGUGUCUUACAGACUGGGCUGUAGAUAUAAUAGGUGAAAGCUGUCCAAAACUGGAAGAGGUGGACUUGUCUGGUGUGGAAGUCACAAACAUCUCUCUGAAAACCCUUGGAAGGAAUUGCCCAAAAUUGAAGGUCAUAAAGCUACAGCGCUGUCAUGAAGUUGGUGAGAAAGGCCUAUGGUGGCUGUUGAAACAGUGUCAGUAUCUACACACAUUAGACCUAGAGGGCAACAAACGUCUUACAGGACAAUGUUUUCAUAUGGCUGGUCCAUAUCUUCACAUACUCAAUCUAUCUGGCUGCUCUGGGUUGUCUGAGUCAGGAAUACUAAAAAUCUGUGAGAAAUGUAAGAACCUAGAAGAUCUCAAACUGAAUGCUUGCUGUGGCUUAAAGGAUGAAAGUCUCAGGGCUCUAUGUAUAGGACUGGUACAUUUACGUAGAUUAGGCUUGAGUGGGGAUUAUGUUGAACUGACGGGACAAGGCCUGUAUGAGAUUGGAGAACAUUUAGUGAAGCUGGAAGCUCUGAAUUUAUCUGGGAAUAAAGCAAUAGAUGAUAGGUCUCUACUCAACAUCUGCAAUGGCUGCAUGAAUCUAAAAGAGCUUGACUUGAGUUGCUGCCAUAGUAAACUGAGAGAUCUGAAUUGUCUGGGUCUGCUGUAUAAGUUAGAGUUGGUCAACUUGAGUUACAUGCCUUGUGUAACUGAUGACUGCAUGAGAAAUAUUUCACAAAAUGGCCGUCUAAAAAGGAUAAGAUUAAGGGCAUGCUCUGGCAUUACAAAUCAAGGAAUCACAGCAGUUCUGACUGGAUGCAAUGCAAUUCAAGAGUUAGACCUGAGUGGCAAUCUUCAGUUGGACAACUCAAUAUUUGACAAACUGCCAUAUUCUAGUCACAAAGUUACAAUAACAGCUGGUGGUACAUCAAUAGAAAAAGAGACAGUCCCCAAUGGCAAUAUAACAAUGACCAUGCAGGAUCUUUCUGUGCUUCAUCUAAGACCUGAUAGAGACAUUGCUCUUAUUAUGGAUGAUUGGGAUGAAGACGAAUUGAUGGAACACCAAGGAGAUUUUGGUGACCAAGAUAAUGAACAGUAUGAAGAUAACAUUGAUGAUAUAUAUGAUGACCCACUGGAUGCAGAGAGAUGGGAACUUUCAUGAGGCUAUAUUGGAAAUACACCCUCUUCCUGUAAAGUUUAUCUGUAGGCAGCAUAAGCAUGUACUGGUCAAUA